AUAAAACCACAGGGACAAGUAAGUACAGCACAUGCGUUUUCAAAUGUAUGGUCGUAAAUUGCUCCAAUGCAAACCGGAAAGAUUGGCUACUUGACAUUUGUAUAUUGAUGUGACCACGUAGCUGCGUUGCGAUUCUAAAUUAUUCUGGUCUUCCCUCUUCAUUUCCCAACAGCUUAGUCCGUCAAUCUCCUCCCCCAAUAACCAUUACAAGACCAGUUUAUUUCAAUUGAGGAUAGUUGUGAAUAGCUCAUGGGAGUGUUAAUGUAUUUCGCAAAUCCUUUCUCAUUCUUUAGCUAGUUCUGCUUUAGUUGAAAGAAUGCAAUGCUACUGCUAUUGUUACAUGUGUUUUAAUGACUCCGUUUUCGUAGAAAGAAUACGAUUCGAACAAUUAAAUAUAUUAUGGAACAAUAAAUUUACAGUGUCGACAUAACGACGGACAGGGUGUCAGCGGCUUUUCCCGUCUUUUCUAUUCUUUUUUGUUGUUGUAGGCUCCCCGUGAUUACUCAGCUCAGACAGCUUUCUGAAAGCGUUUCCAACUUUUGUGUAGUAAAAAAAAAAGUUACAUAAGUUCAGUUCUGACAAGAGUGCAAUUGUUCAUAUACCUUUUUUUGUGUGUAAUUGAUUAUCUGUAGUGGAGUGCACAAGUGUUCUCGGAGAUUCAAGGAAAGAGACGGUGCCAUGUCGGAGAACUUGUCUAAAUUAUUCACAGUGUAAUUUCUAGCGCGCCGUCUGUCGUUUUACGAGGCCACCAUAAAUAAUUCUCACGCUUGGACCAGGCGCCAGGUAGAGAUACUACUGGAACGAGCUACACCCAAUGUCUGCUUCUUGGCGGCGAGAGGGAAACAGGUCAUAAACUGUCGUCUGCUGUCUGUAUGUCCUUCUCUGUCGCUGCAGACGAUCUAGGUAAACGUGACUAAUGACGUCCUCCCGUCGAGUGCAAAGGAACGAGACACGUUACUCAACUUGAAGCUAAUUUUUCGUGUCAGUUCUAGUCUAGCCUCGGACACUGAGAUAACUUUUAGUCAUGGGGUAUGCCACAACGCGCUUUCAAAAAUCUGUGGAUCCCAACUUGGUUUGUGCAAUAUGUGGUGGUGUACUUGAGUCGGCCGUUCUUACCCCGUGUGGUCAUAGUUUCUGUCACGUGUGUAUCACGACCUGGUUAACCCGUCCAGCGGUCAGUUCUUGUCCGGAGUGUCGGUCAGAAGUUCAUCGGGAUUCGCCGAAACCUAUUCUUUCUCUUCGGAACCUGAUAGGAUGUUUGGAAGUUACGUGCACGAACAAGCCGCGAGGCUGCAAGGAAGUGUUUAUAUUAGACAAAGAAGAAACUCAUCUACAGACGUGUGCUUUUGUGUCAGUGACUUGCAGCGUUUGUAGUGGGGACGUGCUUCGCUAUCAGCUCCCGUCCCAUCAGAUGAAUUGUGUUGGUAUCAAUACAUCCAUAGAGCAAGACUCGGAGGAAGAUAAUAGUGUUGUCCUCAAACGCUCUUCAAGCAGUGGAUAUUUGUCCUUUCCCACCGCCGAUGGACGAAACAGUCUCUCGGACUUCCUUCUGAGGUCGCCCUACUCGGCUCUUACUUCAACAGGGCAGGUGAUGCGUCUUCUGUCACGGAUUGGUUCGCUGGAGAAACAAGUUGGUCGUUUAUUGGAUGAUCUACACGAAGCUCACAGUAGGAACUCUUAUCUCUAUUCCCAGAACAGGAAAAUGAAAAGUGAACUGGAAGAUCGAUACAGAUCUAGUGAAUCGGCAACCACUGAUUUCUCUCAAAGGGACAGUGUUAUUGAAAGUAGAGCUUCUGAUAGGUUUCAAAGGGACUAUGCAAAUUCAUACUACUACAUCAAUGUUGCCAACACAUAUGAAGAACAGAGUUCAGAAAUCCCCGAAGAAGUUGGAAAGCUGUCACUUCUCAUAGCUCGUUACCUUCUCCGCAAACCUAAACACCUUGACAGCGACCUUGUGUUUCAAGCUGUGAAAAGAUGUUACGAGUGGGGCUUUGUCUCGGCCUCCUCAGCGGCUCAGCUAAUCAGCGACCACGACGUUCACAUGCUUCUAGCUACGGCCUACGCCAGCAAUUGGUUCUCCGCUGCCCAGAGGGUGACUCUUGGCUGCUGGCUGCAGUGUGUGCUACGUUGUCAGGGGUGUAGGCGUGUAGUGGAGGGUUAGCGCCCCGCCCACCGCACCCAUGGUCUGGUAUACACUGCCAUGUAAAUAAUAUAAUACGGUAAUGGAUUGCUCAACACACAUACGCAAUAGGUACAUGGUUUAAAUGUGCAGGGAAUACUGUCCCUUGGGAGACUUUUAACAAUUACAUGUAUAACAAACCAUUCUGAACAAAACUCCAAUAAAACAAAGCAAAAUAAAUAACAGCUUGGUACUGAUAAUA